UGAUCACCGAUGACUGGGUCUCAAGGUUAGGUUAGGUUGGAAAUGUCCGGGCUAAACACGGUCCUAACGCUGAAAUGGUUAAAAUUGUUAAAAUUUACUCGUAAUUACAGUCAUGGUCUGCUCUUGCCCGCACAGAUAAUUAUUGACAUUGCUAUUCCUUGCCAUUCUCGCCGGUCGCCAGUCCCUUCCGCAAUGUAACUCGCGCUGUUUGCCUUCUGAUUUCAGUCUACUCCGAACUAUCAACUAUCAGUGAUCAGUGACUCAGUGCUUCUUAUCAAGAAUUAGGUAGCUGUAAACACAACUGGAAAAGCUUGACUUGUUAUCUCGAGGAAUAUUGCUGAGUCUCCCCACUGAUCAUAAUUCAUAUACCUAUUUUCAUUCCUCUUCGAUCUGUUACAUCUCCAAAUAACUUAGAUCAACAAAAUGAUUAACAGAUAUAAAAGUGACUAUGCCUCCAAACUACGUUUACGAAUGCGACCAAGCAAGACAAAUGAAAUAUUACCUAAACAUUACAACAGUAACAAACACUCAGCCAAGUUUUCACCUCCAAUAUCUUCAUCACACUUCACAGGCGCCAUGUUUGCCAUGAUUUUUGUCUUCUUCAUCAUCGUAGAAAUGGAAAAGUGGUUACCUACCCCCCUUAUGCUCGAAGAUGAAGUCAAUAAUCCCGGUAGAUUUAUUGCAGAAAGAGCUAAAAAUCACCUCUAUAACCUCACAAGUAUGGGCCCAAGGCCUGUUGGUAGUGUAGAAAAUGAAAUUUUAGCUGUUGAUUUCUUAAAAAAAGAAAUUAACUCAAUAAUUUCAAAAUCUGUUCCUAUACACAGAAUAUCUAUAGAUUUACAAAAAACAAGUGGUGCGUUUCCAUUAGAAUUUCUUGAUGGCCUUACGAAUGUAUACAAAAAUGUGCAAAAUGUGAUCGUGAAAAUUGGUCCUGUAGAAGAAUCGGAGCACAGCAUGCUGAUCAAUUGCCAUAUAGACACAGUACCAGAUAGUCCAGGUGGUAGUGAUGAUGGUGCAAGUUGUGCUGUUAUGUUAGAGAUGCUACAAAUUAUUUCUCAAUCAAAAACUCCUUUGAAGCACAACAUAAUAUUUCUGUUUAAUGGUGCAGAAGAGAAUCUAAUGCAAGCUUCUCAUGGUUUCAUUACUCAACAUGCAUGGGCAAAAAGUAUUAGAAUAUUUGUAAAUUUGGAAGCAUGCGGAGCAGGUGGGAGAGAAAUUUUGUUCCAAGCUGGCCCGGAACAUCCGUGGUUGAUGCAGGCAUAUGCAGAAACAGUACCUUAUCCUUUAACAUCAUCUGUUGCUCAAGAAAUUUUCCAAAGUGGUAUUAUCCCUGCUGAUACCGAUUACCGUGUUUUCCGAGAUUUUGGUCAAAUUUCUGGUUUGGACUUUGCUUGGUCAUCUAAUGGAUAUGUAUAUCAUACCAAACUUGAUAAUAUUGAUUAUAUACCCCUCGGCACUCUGCAAAGGACAGGUGACAACAUUCUACCUCUUGUAAAGAGACUAGUAAAUUCAGAUGAGCUGUCAAAUAUAGAAAAGUACAAACACGGAAAUUUAGUCUUCUUUGACGUCCUCGGAGCAUUCAUAAUCUACCUGCCAGAAGUUGUAGCAGGCUUGAUUCACUAUGUCUUUCUCUCUAUCUCUUUCUACACAAUAUAUUGGAAUAUUCAGGACUCCAAGAAGAAAGGUUAUAAUGUGACGAGUAGCCAAUAUGUGCGCUUAAUGUGCCUGUCUAGUCUGAUCAUCAUUUUAACUGGAGUUGUGGCACUUUUCUUCACAACCUCGAUAGCUCUAGGACUCUCUGCUUUGAAUCGAGCCAUGAGUUGGUUUUCACGUCCUGCUUGGCUGUUUUUUCUCUACCUCAUUCCAGUUUUUGUUACUCUCUUGUCUUCCACGAUGAUUUUUUCCAAGAAAAUUCGGAAGGAAGUGAGCAAUCCAUGGAUUGUUCAUCGAAUCUACCACGAUGCUGUCCAACUCAUUUGGACGAUCAUUCUUGCUCUUGCCAUAAUAUUCAAAAUUCGCUCAGGAAUACUCCUAUCACUUUGGGUUCUUUUUCUUGUCAUCUCCUGGGUCGUUCGUGAAAAAGUUUUUACUCAGUGGCGAGAUUGGCGGUGGUUGUGGGCAUACACUGGUAUUCUACUGUUUCCUUUCAUUCAAACUGGAUACAUGCUCUUGUCUGCCGUUCAGUUAGUUGUACCAAUCAUGGGUCGUGCUGGAUCAGGGAACUUUGCCGAAGUUGUUUUUUCAGCAAUUUUCUCCGCAGGAUUUUUCUUAUUUUUUACUUUUUACGCUCCUCUGAUUUUACUGGUCAAAAGUGGGAAGAAAGUCAUUAGUUUCUUGUCAAUAGUAUUUUUUGUAUCAGUGUUGCUUCUACUUUUUACUCCUCUCGGGUUUCCUUAUUCAAGUGAUCCACAAGCUCCCUCACCUCAGAGGUACAUCAUAGUGCAUACAGACAGGAUACUACAUGAUGAAAAUGGCGCUGUGAGGAGCCAUAAAUCUGGUUUUUGGAUUGUAGAUCUAGAUGUCAACAGUCCCAGAAUGGUCAGAGGUUUAGUUCCAGAAAUAGCCAAUGCUGAACUCAUAUCUGACGAUUGUAAAAAUGAACUGUACUGUGGUCUCCCGUACAUUAUACCUGUCGCAACAUUUAUAUGGAAAACGCAUUGGAUUCCAGGGAGAAGUCCCAAUGUCCCAGUAGCUGUAGAUUUAAAGCUAUUAAAGAGAGAUUCGCCCAAAGGUGAAAUUCAAAGACUGUCAUUUGUUGCCAAUGGACCAGAUCAUAUGAAUCUGGUACUGUCGCCAUAUCCGGGAGUCACACUUCUCUCAUGGAGUCUUGUUCAAGGAACGCCUUUAGCAGGACCAAAAUGGAAUGGCCGUGAUACUUAUUAUGUGUAUUACUCUUGUGGCUCAGACCCAGAGCCCUGGAAUUUUUCGAUAGAUUUACUCGUUUCGCCAGAUCAUAAGGGCGCUGUAGUUGAAAUGGGUAUAGCAGGACAUAGAGUUCAUGGGGCUCAACAAACAACACCCGAAUUAAGAAAUCUUUUAAGUCAAUUCCCUCCGUGGGCCGUCACAUCAGGUUGGUGUGCUACCUAUAAGUCUUAUACGUUUUGACUGCAUUCUUUUUCAAAGGCUGUGAUUGCAUUUUGUAUUGUUUUCUAUUUCUUUCAUUUUAUUUGCCCCAAUUUUUAUACUUUCUUAAUUGCUCCCCCCUCCCCCUUUUAUUGUUUUUCUAUCUCAUUUUCUGUUUGUAUCUCUUUCUGAUAUUUCUUACUGUUUUAUUAUCAUUACUAUGAUAAUAUUCUUUUUUAUAUUUUCUUAAAAUUCAAGUUACAGGUUAUUGUUUGUAAAUAUGUUAUCUUUUUUUAUUUUUAUUUUUUGAUGAAAUGUAUAUUUAUUUUACAAGAAUUGGUGUUAGAAAAACAAGAUUCAAAUGAUAUUGUAAUAGGUGAAUGUAUAGUCUAAGGUUCAUUUUUAUUAUAUGUUACGCGCUUCAACUGUCAACCAUUUUGCAAACACUAGAAUGUAAUUUUUGAAGGCUCUAAAACUGGAACUGCACUUGUCACUGUUUCAUUUUCUCUUGCUCCUUUGUCCACUUUUCGUUUGUUCUCCCUUGCUAUAGGAGAACUGGAUAAAUUCAGUUGAAAGCAGUGUAGGACCUCAAUCAUGUUGAUAAGUAGAAAAGCUUUGAUAUCUAAUGAAAUACUUUUUUAUUAAAUUUUGAAAUUCAACAUUGAGAAAGUAUGAAGAAGUCUUUGAAGGAUUGAGGUCACAAUUAAUUAUUUUUAUAUUUUGUCUCUCUCUUUUUCCAUUUUCUCUCAGUGAUGCUAUAUUAAAACAGAAGAACUUGUUUUUCAACUUUAAUGACCAAUUAUAUGAAUUUGUUUUUCCAUACAAAAAAAUGACCUACAUUUUAAUGCCAAAUUUGGUUGGCUAAGCUGCAUAGAAUUUGGUAAAUUGAUCAAAUAAUUGAGCCACAAGCCAAAAAUUAUUAAUUAUUAUCAACUAUUCUUGGCUUGUAGCUCGAUUUUUUAAUUAAUUUACCAUGUAAAAUGAUGUACCUUGGUUGACAGCAUCCAAGUACGGAGAGGUAGGCAAGAAAUUUCCAUGAGCCUAACAAAAAAAUUUAGUAGCCACUCGAAUAUGUACUGUGUAACUGAAUUUGUUUGUUUCAAGUUAUCCAAAUUUUAAUUAAGUAAUGUAAAAACGUUAGUUUGUGAGACACUGAAAUUUCACAAUAACCGCAGCAGAGCUGUGUGGGCGUAAUGAAAAAACGAUGAGUAGCUCUAAAGUGAUGCAAAGAAAUGGCAUUAAAAAUGGAUGAAACAGGCUAUAAGAGAAAGAAAUCUGAAAUAUUACUGCAAAUUGUUAGAAAGCCAGUCUCUGCAGCAAGCAAGACGAUAAGGCUUCUGAAAAUGAAGCUAAAAAAGUGUCGCCUAACCAAGCCUGCUAAAUAAAAAAUUAAUUUUAAAUAGUAAACUUAUUUUUACAAAUAACUGUGAACCUUUCGUCUCAGAUCAUAACAAAGAUUUUUCCAUCUUUUUAACAAUUUAUGCUGAAUCAAAGUAGUAUGCAAGGCGAGGGGCCUAAGUCACCAUUUCAAGAAACCUUUAAAAAUUAAUUUAUUCCUUGAUUUUGAAAUUAUUAUGUAGUUUGCUCUAGCACAUAAAGAAAAAUAUGCUGUUCAAGAUCAUGACUGAUAUUUUGAUGUGUUCUCUUCAGAGAUGGUGAUAGGUAAAUUUAUUUUUUGGAUUAAUCAAUUAACUGUAUUUUUCAAUUUUUGAACUCCCUGCAAGAAGGAAUCAUCGUUACGUUCCAAAAACUGCUUGCAAGAUUCUACGUGAAAUUCGGCUGGAAUCAGUCCUUACUGGACCCUUGGGAGUUUUCCUGUAUGAAGGGUAUAUUAAUGUCAGUAUGCUAUAUCAAUAACUACUAAUAAUUCUAAUAGAAUCGAUAUCUUAAAUAGUUAUCAAGUUAGAAUUAUGAGGUUUGCACAAGCACAGGAAGAAAGAGAUGGUUCAAAAGAGUAUCUAUGACAGAUAUUUUGAUGUGUUCUCUCCAGGAGUGAUGAUAAAAUUGUGAACUGAUACUUACUGUCCCUCAGUUUUUAGCCUUCAAACGCCAAGAGAUCGUCUUUGUGUUCAACAAAAACUGUUUAAUUUACUCCAUACCGAAUUCUGAAAAGACCAGUCCGUACUGGCGCAUGAACUGCGGAUAGACAUCCAUCCGCCUUGUUUUUCUUAAAAGAGACAUGCUAUGGAAAUGAAUAUACAUAUAUGAACCCUACCUUAUCAAUUAUACCCAUCAAUUUUAGAUGUACCUAUUGAUAGAUUCUAUAGAUCAGGGACUGCAUUUAUUCCAUUUAAUGUGUAAAGACUUAGACUUAAAACUUUUGUCUUCUGACCAAUACUGUUGACAGAGGAUCGUUUGCAAAAUGACACUUGUACCAUCUAAAAUGACUUAAGUGUUAAAACAAUGGAAGUAAUCCUUUGUCUCCAUAUUUUUAUUUCUUUUUAUUAAUUUUUAGCAUCACACCCAAAAAACCGUUUCAUCACUAUACUCAAAGAGGACACAUAAAAAUAACUGUCUUACUCUUUUAGAAUGUAUCACGCUAAAAAUGUAGGAGCAAACCAUAUCAAUUUUAUUUCAGAACUAAAGCCUUGUAUCAAAAUUUAGAGUCUUCUGCAACAGUUGAUAUCAUAUACUAUACUUCAGAUAUCUAUAGAAUGAAAAUAAAUCAUAAAGUCAAAGGAGGACUGAUCUCGUCGAAUUUCAUGUAAAAUUAUCAGAACAGUUUUUUGAGAAUGUAAUGAUUAUCCCCUGGAGUUUGGAAUUGAAAAACUGAAAAAUGGUGGCAAGGAGGUAUUGCAGUAUUUAAUAGUGUUUAAUAUUAAGAACUUUUGGAAUCUAAUUAUUUUUACGGGUAUUCUCAGCAAAGUUUCACCGACUCCAUUAGACAGAGCCCCACCAAUCAUGUCUGUUAGAGAAGGUAAGUCCUCUAAAAUUUCUGAGGCAACUAUUUUUCUUAUGAUUUCAUUGGAAUAUAUUUUUGAUGUUAAUAAGUGUUAUUUCAUAUGAAUUCACUCUAUUUCAAUUAUUUGCCUCCCUUACAUAAUUUUACGAGUUCAAUUAAUUUGAUUUUUCGAGCACUUAGAUUGUAAAGGUUUUACUUUCUUUGAUUAAUUCCCGUUUAUCUUUAUUUGUGGGUAAAUAAGUAUGCCCUGACCUCAGUCAAAAUUGACUUUAGUUUUGUCAGAGCUAAUUAUAGUUUUAUCCUCAAUUUUUGAAUAGAUCAAUUGAAUGGCUUGAAAGACAAGGCGCAUAACUGCAGUUUUUGAAAAAUCGAGAUAUUAAUGAUUUGAAGUAAAACUAGUCUUAAUGCAUUUUCUGCAAGAAAUUUGCUCUCGAUUUCCAAUUUUUAUCCAUCAAAAAGUCAGUUUGAACUUUCUUUCCACCAUGAGGAUUUAUGGAAUUUCAAAACUUCAAACUCGUAUUUCUUGAAACAGCAAAAACUCCUCUUCUGCGCCUUCUCCUCCAAGCCCUUCAAUAGUCUUUGAAAUCCUAGCUUUCUUGUCUGAAGAUAAUUUAUUCUCAUGUUUAGUUUUGACUCCAUUAUCCAACUCCAAUACUUUGUUUGAAUACUUUGGCGCGAGGUGAAAUUUUCUCUCAAUUUAUCUGAAUUCUCUUUAAAUUGGUAGGAUCAACGAAAGCAGGUGAGACAAGCAAAGGGUAUUCAUGUAAUAGUGAGAAACAAGAUUUUACUGAAUGCCACUGUAAGUGAAUAGCGUGCACAGUAAUUUUUACCCACAGACAACAAUUUUGCAGAAUCUUAACCUUUUCACAAUGUAACUCAUCAAAUUUGCCGCUUUACUUUGAAUUUUUCACGACUGUAAUUUAUUGCUCAAGCUGAAUUUUCACUCGCUAUGUAUUCUGCUUCCAAGAUUUCUCACUAACUUACAAAUGUAGCUCUUUAUCUCUAAAAAAUGGAAGCAGUUUACUUUAGGGGAGAGAUAGAAGUCACUUUUAAAAGAGAUGAUCUUUAAUGUCGCUACUUUUUCAGAACAAAAUGAAAUAAAAUAGGUUGUCACUUAAUGAAAGUGCAAUCAUGGAUUCAAUA